AUGACAACCACCGACAAUGGAGCAUCAGCGUCAUCAUCUCAGCCCCGCCUUAUCCAGCUUCCCGUCGAGCUUAUCGACAAGAUUGCCGACAAUUUAUCCAGAGAUGACUUUGAAAACUUUAGACUAUGCUGUCGUCUGAUUGCAGAAUGUACGAAACCACUGCUCGCAUUGGCCCAUUUCGAUGGCAUGCCUUGGAGGCCCGAUGGUCUACGCCUACAUGAUCUGUCUCUUGAACCGAGCUGCGCAAGGCGCAUUCGCUCAGUCACGUUCAACAUGGCACGCAUCGGCGAGGAUGAGGUUGAAGAAGGCAUGUUGUGGAUCAAGGAUCCCGUGGAGCGUGAGGCUAAAUGGGCGCCAUAUCUCGAGACACAGGAUCUCUGCCUCGAUGAUGUCGAAUUACCACUUGAUCUGGUCAUUCCGGCAAUUAAACGAUUACCCAACCUCGAUACGGUUUGUCUAACAUGGUGCGAAUGUCCGUGGAAAGGGCACCGUGAUAUUGAGGACGCUUUCAGCUACGAGAAUUCGAUAGAACUAGCCGGAAAUGAAAUAUACGACACCCAGCAGGCCGUUCUUGCAGCUCUACUUGAGCGAAAUAAUCCCAUGAAGAGUUUGACGAUCCAGCCUUUUAUGCAUACGGAGGUCAAUAUUCCAGCUGGUCUGGAAUCCAACAUCGCCACGGUCUUGGGAUCGGUAACGCAGCUGCAUUUGAUGGUGAACUACGAGGUGGAAUACUUCUGGCCGAAGCGUCUCGAUACCUUCAUAUCAUUCCUACCCAACCUGCGAGACCUUCAAGUCCACACCUGGCCAUCCGAUAUUCCCGCCUCAGACCUGGACUUCUUCAUCACCAAGCGUCUCGAACGUCUCGAAAAGCUCGACCUAUCCUGCCUGCACUUCAACUUUGUCAACUUCGCCAACCUGAUCAAGAACCAUGGGCCUACGCUCAAGUUUGUCAAAAUGACGAGUCUAUACGGCUGGUGCGAUCCCUUCAGCGCGGCCGAGCUUGACUGGGAUAUGAUGUUCCAGCUCAUGAGAAACAGGCUGACGGUGCUGGAGGAGAUAGAGAUCAAUGGUAAGUUCAGUGACAAUGUGGGCUGGCAUCAGUUGUUUUGGCGGGAGGAUAUGACAUGGGCGAAGGAGUUUGUGAGGAUUUGGGGAGAGAUGAGUCAGCCUCUUGAGAAGUAUAUCUUGAAGGGAGGGGAGUAUCCUAAACCCACAUGGAGUAUUUGA